GGAGGACUCGUCCAUCUUCCCUCUGAAGAGGAGCUCUGUGGACCUGUCCUGUCCCAUGGACCCCCCCUCCACCCAGGAGCAGAUGGCGCAGUCCGCUCACCUCAUGACUCUGGGUCUCUGUCGGAUCUCCAAACCUCCCCCUCCUCCCUCCACGUCCUCCCCCGUCCAGAACCCUCCUCCCCACCAGACGCCGGCUCCACCCCCGGCAGGCUGUCGUGUCUCCUGUGUCCGCUGACGCUGCCGUCCCGCCGGCUGCUGGACGUCCACGUCAGGUCCCACCGUCCUGCCGGCGGCUUCAGCUGCAUCUGCUGCCGAUGGACGGCCGACAGCUGGGAGGAGCUCCAACCUCACUGGAACAUCUGCAGGAGGAGGAGGAAGGAGGAGCUGGGAGACAGGAGGAGGAGGAAGAGGGCGGCCUGUCGAAGGACGUUCAGGAACACCGCAGCACGAAACGCUCCGACUCACAAACACAGCAGAUCCUCAGAUGAAUGGAGAGAGCAGCUGACUGGACGAGCUGAAGGGAAGGAGGCAGUGCGACUCGACAGAGCUCCGGCUGAUUCGCUGCAGAACGUCUCAGAGACCAAGAAGAAGACCAGGAGGAAGGAAGGGAUGGAGGGUUCAGAGCAGCCAGGCUUCACCUGCUCUCUGUGUCACGGGAAGUUCUCCUCAAAGCUCACUCUGAGGCGUCACCUGGGCGUCCACGGAGGAGACAAGCCCUUCACCUGUCCUCACUGCACCUACAGCAGCAGACUGAAGGCCUCGCUGCUGCAGCACCUGAGGACUCACACAGGUGAGAAGCCGUACAGGUGUGCUGAGUGUCCAUACGCGUCCAUCGAUCGCAGCUCUCUGCUCCGCCACAGUCGGACCCACAGCCAGGUGAAGCCGUACAGGUGUCAGCACUGUGAUUACAGCAGCAUCCAGAAGAAGAGUCUGGACCUCCACGCUCGCCGCCAUCACACCGGGGAGGCGUUCCCAUGCCAACAAUGUGACUACUCCAGUCCGGACCGCCAGCUGCUGCUGAGACAUGUCCGCCGACACCACGCCCCCUCUCAUCACGCUGCGCUCUGAUUGGACCGCUCGAGGCCCACAGCGGACCUGAGACUCUGAUUGGCUGUGUAGGAGGCACGGGGUCUGAUGAUGGAAGCAGGAAGUGUUUUAUGGUAGCUUUUUUACUUCAAAAUAAAAGACGUUUGUGCGAUGAA